AUGCUCGCCCUUCGAGGAUAUUCCUCGUCUUGGGCACUUUGGACUAACCCAUUAAAAAAUGGCUGGAUUCGCCAUAAUUCAUCAUAUCCCGCUCAUCAAUUCGCCGAGCUCGCCAGCCGUCCCUGCUCUUUACACCAGAUCUACCAAUCGUUAUCAACAGAUCCCUACGUGAACCUUUCGAUCGAACACUUCCUAUUAGAAAAUGCCCCGGCAGAGUCUAGCAUCUUGUUCCUUUAUGCAAAUCGGCCAUGUGUAGUCAUUGGUCGCAACCAGAACCCAUGGCUUGAGACAGAUCUCCGCACACUUCAUAAUGACCGCAGGAACGGCACGACGGGGGAGAUGAAGCUGCAGUAUUCCGUUAUAUGCCCACGUACCUCGUUUACGCGUGACAAGCAUGCCGAGAUGGUGGUGCGCGCACUUCACCAGGUCGGGGCUAACAACACCAGUGUCAAUGAGCGGCAUGAUAUUGUCAUGGCCCGAGCAGAGGGAAUGCAAAAUGAUCCCAGCGAGCCUCUGACACGCAAGGUGUCUGGCUCUGCGUUUAAGCUCACUCGACACCGAGCCCUCCACCACGGCACUUGCUUGCUCGAUUCCCCGAAUAUUCAUGAUCUUGGCCGGUACCUGCGAUCCUCCGCCCGCCCGUAUAUCCUGGCCAAGGGCGUUGAGAGCGUUCGUUCUCCAGUCGGGAAUGUCUCGGCUGCGCUAGAAGACUCGUUCUUUUCCAUGCAGAGCGUGGUUCAGAGUGUGAUCGAGCAGUUCGCUCGGCUCUACGAGGUACAUCCCGAUGCUGUUCUCAGGGCCCAACGUGCUCAUGCAAAUGAGCCUGAAGUCUUUGCUGGGGACUCUUGGGUUGCUGGUACAGUUGGAGAAGUACAGGGCGAGCAGGUGCCUGCCAUUGGGAAAGGAAUUGCCGAGUUACGCUCGUUGGAGUGGAAGUACACACAAACACCGCGCUUCACUUUCUCAACGUACCCCAUCGAGGAAGAUCCCCGUGAACGGCCGCCAUUGCCCUCCUCGCUCCCCUCGAGUACUCGUGCAUUCCUCCGCCUGCAGCAUGGUGCUAUCGUCGAAAGCCACAUCUCUGUCUCACCCGACGAGUCCACCGCAUCUGACCAAGCCAGUCGCGUCCAUUCGACACUGAAUGGACAGAAGCUGCACGAGAUUACCUUGGCCCGGUGGACUGAGAUCCUAAAGCAGGGUCUUGGUGAGACCGAAGGAGUCGAUGAUGCUCUUGUGAAAGGGCUGGCCCAAUUCUUGGGUGGCCUUUUGGGGGGUUAA